UUAGUGUCAAAGCCGAUUAGCGCUGAUCUCGGUCGUGAUUCUGGCGUGCCGUCUGUUCACUGGAGCUAUUUUUGUUUUACGUCGCCGGCGCGCGCAUUUUAGACAUUUUUGUAUAUAUUUGUUGACUUUCUGAAGUGUGUUUUCGCUUGCUUUGUUACCCGCGCACUCCUUUAGGAUAUCGCUGCGUGUUAUUACGCGUCUGGAAUCUCCUUUACGCACAGCAUCAGACUUCAGAUCAUCAUCAUCUCUUGCUGCUGUGUCUGAGGAGGAUGAUGAUGAUGAUAAUGUGUUCAGUGUGACAGUCAGGGCUGUAAGAUGCAGAAGAGCGUGCGUGAUAACGAAGGGCACGCGCUCUAUCUGUCCAUGCUCGCGCGUAAAGAGGGAAUCAAACGUGGGUACUUGAGUAAAAAAGGCCGCAGAAAAACAACCCGCUGGAACGAAAAGUACUUCGCACUGCACCAGAAUGUGCUGUUUUACUUUGAGAACGAGCAGAGCACCAGACCCUCGGGGAUUUAUUUGCUGGAGGGAUGCACCUGCGAGAGGAUCCCGGCUCCCAAAGUGUCCACCGCUGGGAAAGAGAGUUCAGAUAAACAGCAGUACUACUUUCUGGUGAUUUUCGGCCACGAUGGGCAGAAACCUCUGGAGCUGCGGACAGAAGAGGAUGCUGAUUGUAAUGAGUGGGUGGAGGCCAUUCAUCAGGCCAGUUAUUCAGACCUCAUCAUCGAGCGGGAAGUUCUCAUGCAGAAAUACAUCCAUCUGGUCCAGAUCAUGGAGACGGAAAAGGUUGGAGACAGGAAAACGGAAAAGGUGGCAGCAAAUCAGCUGCGGACGCAACUGGAAGACCAGGAUACAGAGAUCGAGAGACUGAAGGCAGAGAUUGUCGUUCUUAAUAAAACACAAGAGCGAAUGUUGCCCUGUCAGUCCAGUCAAGAGGAAGAAGAUCCAGAUAUCAAGAAAAUCAAGAAGGUGCAAAGCUUCAUGCGUGGUUGGCUGUGCAGAAGGAAGUGGAAGAUCAUCGUGCAGGACUACAUCUGCUCACCUCACGCCGAGAGCAUGAGAAAGAGAAACCAGAUCGUCUUUAAUAUGGUGGAGGCCGAGACGGAGUACGUGCUAGCUCUCUAUACCUCAACAACUUCCUCCUGCCGCCCACUAAGGACGGCCACCACCAAAAAAAAACCCCCCAUUAGUCAUGACGAUGUCAGCAGCAUCUUCCUCAAUAGUGAGACGAUAAUGUUUCUCCAUGAGAUAUUCCAUCAAGGCUUGAAGGCUCGGAUAGCCAACUUUAGGUGACGGAAUCUUGCUUCGACAUCCUUGCUGCCGAUGCUGAACAUUUAUCCGUUUGUGCGAAACCAUCAGUACAGUUUGCAGGUUCUGGCCAACUGUAAACAGAACACACACAAACAACCUAAACAAAAAGAAUCAAACGCUUCCUGUGAGGGCCGAAUGCUGGAAACCUUCCUCACCUAUCCCAUGUUUCAGAUCCCGCGGUACAUCAUCACCCUUCAUGAGCUCCUCGCCCACACGCCUCAUGAACAUGUGGAGCGCAAGAGUCUGGAAUUUGCCAAAUCCAAACUUGAGGAACUGUCCAAAAUGAUGCACGAUGAAGUGAGUGACACAGAAAACAUCCGUAAGAAUCUGGCCAUCGAGCGAAUGAUCGUGGAGGGCUGUGAUAUUCUGCUGGACACCAGUCAGACGUUUGUCCGGCAGGGCUCUCUGAUUCAGCUGCCCUCCGUGGAGAAGGGUAAACUGAGUAAGGUGCGUCUGGGCUCGCUGUCGCUCAGGAAAGAAGCCGAACGCCUGUGUUUCCUGUUCACCAAACACUUCCUCAUCUGCACACGCACCUCCGGCGGCAAACUGCACCUGCUCAAACAGGGAGGCAGGUUGUCUCUGAUAGAGUGCACGCUUAUCGAGGAGCUGGAUGCCAAUGAUGAAGACUAUAAUGCUGCUGGUCAGGGACUCAAUCAUCUGGAGUUUAAAAUAGUGGUUGAACCUGCUGAUGGUCCAUCGUUUGCAGUCAUUCUGCUCGCUCCGUCUCGACAGGAGAAAGCAUCCUGGACCAGCGACGUGAGCCAGUGCAUUGACAACAUUCGCUGCAAUGGCUUGAUGACCAGCGUGUUUGAGGACAACUCCAAAGUCAGCGUGCCUCACAUGAUCAAGUCUGACACCCGACUGCACAAAGACGAUGUGGACAUCUGCUUCAGUAAGACGCUGAACUCCUGCAAGGUGCCACAGAUCCGUUACGCCAGCGUGGAGAGACUCCUGGAACGACUGACCGACCUGCGCUUCCUGUCCAUCGACUUCCUCAACACCUUCCUCCACACCUACCGCAUCUUCACCACCGCUGCUGUCGUGAUGGACAAACUGGCUGAUAUCUACAAGAAACCCUUCACGUCUAUACCUGUCAGGGCUCAGUAUCAUUCGUCCGACCGUUUGUCCAUCGCCUCCAUCUGUCCAGACUACAGCCUGAAGAUCACAAGGCUUGCGCUGGACCAGUCCAAGUCCCUCGAGCUUUUCUUCGCCACCAACCAAGGCCCCUGGAGCGGAGAGCACCUGAACAACAAAUCCCCCCGUCUGUCUCGCAAGUUCUCCUCUCCUCCGCCCGUCUCCAUCCCCUCGCGCACCUCUUCCCCCAUCCACUCGCGGAAGCUGUCCCUCAGCUCUCUUUUGAGUUGUAAGGGUGGAGCUCUGGACCUGUCGACGGCCACUUCUUCUGCGGCCAGCAGCCCGACGUCUCCCUACACCCCUGGCAUCGCCUCCCCUCCACCCACCUGCACCAGGGCCCCUCUGGACCUCAGCCGGGGCCCCAGCUCCCCUGAGCUCAGCCCCUCCACCCCAGAGGAGAGCGGGGAGCUGCCGCGUAUAGAUGCCUUCUGUGGGAAGCUGCGACGGAGUAUUCGACGAGCUGUACUGGAGUCAGUAUCCUUGGAUAAGUUUAUUCCCGAGACACCCACGUCCAGUGAUUCAGGAGACAUGUCCCCAUGCCGUUCACCGUCCACCCCGCGACACCUCCGCUACCGACCACCUACAGGUCAGUCUCCCGAUGGCUCCCGCUGUGCCGUGUCCCCCACGUCCGCCUUCGCUAUCGCCACCGCCGCAGCUGGACACAGCAGCCCGCAAGGAUUUAUCAACCCUGAGAAAUCCUAUGACAAGGAGUUCCUCGUCCGCAGGGCCGCCACCAACAGGGUGCUUAACGUCCUGCGUCACUGGGUUUCCAAACACUCGCAGGACUUUGAGAUGAACGCAGAGCUGUUGACGGCUGUGAUCGCUCUGCUGGAGGAGGUGCUGCGAGAUCCAGAUCUUCUGCCGCAGGAGAGGAAGGCCGCAGCUAACAUACUGAGUGCACUUUCUCAAGAAGAGCAAGAUGAUUCACAGCUGAAGAUUGAGGACAUUGUGCACAUGUCCGACUGUCCAAGAGUCGAAUGCUUUGAGUCGCUGUCAGUGAUGGAACUAGCAGAACAAAUCACUCUACUGGACCAUAUUGUGUUCUGGAAUAUUCCAUAUGAGGAGUUUCUUGGUCAAGGCUGGAUGAAAACAGACAAAAACGAAAGGACUCCAUACAUUAUGAAGACCAGUCAGCACUUCAAUGAUAUGAGUAAUCUGGUAGCGUCUCAGAUCAUGGCUCAUGCAGACGUGAGCUCCAGAGCCGCAUGCAUUGAGAAGUGGCUGGCCGUGGCUGAUAUAUGCCGCUGUCUCAACAACUACAACGGCGUGUUAGAGAUCACAUCCGCACUGAACCGCAGCGCCAUCUACAGGCUAAAGAAAACAUGGGCCAAGGUUUGCAAACAGACCAAGGCACUUAUGGACCGACUGCAGAAGAUAGUUUCAUCUGAAGGGAGGUUUAAGAACCUGAGGGAAACCCUGAAAAACUGUAACCCUCCGUGUGUGCCCUAUCUGGGCAUGUACCUGACGGAUUUGGCGUUUAUCGAGGAGGGAACGCCCAACUUCACAGAGGAGGGUCUCGUCAACUUCUCUAAAAUGAGGAUGAUCUCACACAUAAUACGAGAGAUCCGACAGUUUCAGCAGGCGCCCUACAGGAUUGAUCUGCAACCCAAGGUAACACAGUUUCUCCUCGACAAGACUCUAGUAAUGGACGAGGACACACUUUAUGAAUUAUCUCUUAAGAUUGAGCCAAGAAACAAACACUUCAAACUAAACCUGAUGAAAAAAUCUUUUUUUUUUUUUUUUUGCUGUAAACUCAGUAUUCCACCCACGACUGAUGAUGGACACUGCCAUAUUAGCAGAGACCCCGCCCUGAGUGAGCCGCACACAAUCCCUCAUGUUUAUCUUCAAGCAAGAGCAUUUAAUAUCAGCGUUCAAUGCAAAAUGUUGGACUAUGGUGGAAAGUCUCAAGGACAAGCUGGACGACAGACAUGGGUUAUGACCUGGCACUUACGUGGAAGAGGAUUGGCCAUCAGGUCCACUUCUAAUCCCAUAUCCUGGGAGGAGCGCCAGCUUCCCUCACAGACUGUGUGCUUCCUGACACAGCCUACUGUAACAGAGGAGACUCUACAGAAACCGGUGAAGGACGAUUAG